GGGUAUUUGGCACAGACAGGCGACAAUGGGAACUCGUAAUCGAUACAGACCUAACACGACUCAAACUUCCCACAGAAAGCCUCUUUAAACAUUAAUCUUCAUACUUUCCUGUCUGCCGUAAGCUCGUGUUGUCUGUCUUUAACCCAACGUAAUUACAUUUUGACAGACGUGAUUUCACAAAACUUGUUAAAGCUGUAUUUUGCUUAUCUGAGUGUUAUCGAACCCACUGCUGGUCGGUCCUCCUAAUGCGAUUACAAUGCAUACUUUGUAAGGGAGUAUAUGAAAUUUGCCCUUACGCUCUAGGAUCAAUCUCCAGGCGAAACGGACGAGUUCAUUCAGUUGCCAGGGGGCAGGAUAUUGCUGUUACUAUAUCACAAACGUACGAUAAUUAAACCUUUCAAAAAUCUAUUAAACUGCCUUCGGUUCAGUAUUAUUAUGGGAAGAUAUGAAUAUAUAUAUUGAUCAGUUAUGAUGUAUUUGUGGAGUGAUCAGUUUCGACUUUGUCAACGCUCUGAUCUGUCCCCCCUCACGUGAUUGUUAUGGUCUAUCCCUCCUAGGUAGAAUAAGUUUCAUUCCAUGUCAAACAGGUGCACGUCAAGAUGGCUCUCGACUACAUGAAAACUGUUUAUAAGCAAGAAAGAGAUGUAUCGCCACGAGCAAACAAGACCAGCUAUGGGCACAUGUCCCGGUGGAUGGACGUGACGGAGGGUCCCUACUUGCCCCCAACUAUCUCCGUCAACCACUACGCUACCGCCAACAUGUCCCCAGCAUUCGGCAAGAAGAGGAAACCUUGGAGUAAAGCCCCACCCAAGGAGCGACCCCCGGGGCCUGUUGUGGCUCUCUCACAGCCUGAUAUGGCGAAAGAGGCAGCGGUUGACGGCAGCGUGCCCGUCCACCUCCGCUACAGCCAAAACAACGGCUACGACGACUACCACCGUGCCUUCAGAGCCAUCAGCAACCAAUGGCCGUCAGCUAGUUACCCCACAUUUGGACCACCUAGACUGCGCCACGGGCGUCAAGGGGGCAGCUGGCGUCACGUGACGGAGGUGAUGCAGGCAGGGGGUAGCAGGACCAUGUUCGUGGACGGCCGGACGACGUUGAACGACCGCUACCAGAUGGAGGAGACCCCAGGGGCAGAGCUGAUCCUGGGGAGGGAGGGGGACCCACCCAUAAACUUCGACUCAGAGGAGGUCAAAAGGACGGCGUGGAUAGCGAACUACAGGAGAGAGAAAGACAUGGAACCCAAAAUAAUGAUGCUUUACGGGAGUGUUGACAAACAGAAAGGCGUGGAGAAGAACAACUGGAUGAUCAUGAGAUAGUGCUAGUAAAGUUUUUCUGUCGUCGUAAAAGUCCCACAGUCAGUAUUAUAUGCCCACGUGGCAUACCAUAUCCCCCAUGUGCAAGUCAUCUGUGUUUCCUGUUCCCAUGACUCCAGUCUGUUACUGAUGUGUUAUAACUAAUCCUUCCUUGUCAGUGAUGCGACCAUCACAUUCCCUCAACGCAACAACGUGUUUAAACUGCACAACAAGCACAUCUUCACGAGGCAAGGGCGUUAACUGACCAUCUGCAUGUUGAAUUCCAUUUUGUUUACCAAUCGGUUGUUUAGUUCGUUACACGAUUUUGAUUGGACUAUGCAUAGACUCGUUCGUCCAGCCAAUAUGUAACUCCGGAAUUCCAGCCUAGUUCGGCAAGGGUGGAAACUAGACUUAUAAAAGUCAGUUAACGCCCUUGCAUCGGGAAGAUGAACAAGCAUGACUCAAUACAUGACUUUUAAACAAUAUUAAUGUGAGGAAGUGUGUUCUACUUGUGUUCUACGGAAAAAUCAUAUACAAGUGUUAAUCAUUUGUGAAAGAACAUUUCUUGCAUAAUAGGACAAAUGUGUGUUCAAUUAACUUUUCUUACUUUUAACUUCCCACACCAAGGUUCGUGACUCUUCAUAGCUCUCAAGGCUAUUUUCCAAGUCUGAUAUGAAUUAUCAUUUGUAUCCAACCGUGAUGAUUAUAGUAAAGUAAUUGCUUACAUGUAUAAGGAAUCAAAGACUAAUAGUUUAUACAGAAUAUAUACUGAUAUGGCCUGUGUGUACAUAAUGAAUGUCUGUGAUAGUAUUAAUGCUCAAUAGACUCAGAUUCUGAGGAAUCUAGUCACUUUCAUCCAACAGUAUUACCAAGCUAUUCCAUCUCACUCUAAUGUAAAUAUGUUAUUUUUUAUAUUUAUUUGUGAGUGUGGUGUAUGAUUAUAAAUGUAUUGUUAAUGUGUCAUAAAUAAACACUUUUUCUUACCCA